UUAAAAUUGUGCUUUUUUUCUUUGAAUAUAUGCGUCAGAUUUCAUCACAUCAUGCUAUUUCAUAGCGGGAAUAUGAUAUAAAUUGUUGAUACAACUAAUACCAUUGAUUGUAAUUGCCCUCCAUUCGUCAUCGACAUCUUGACGAUGGAUAGACAGGUGUCUGAGCAAUCAUCCCCGUCCGAAAGGGGCCAGACAUCUGUGCCCCUAUCGGAGGCAGGGUCGGGACAAGAGACAAGUGCAAAUGAAGAGAUCAUAAGCAAUAUGCUGACAAGAGUCAAUGAGCUUAUAAAGCAAAAACGACUCCAAGAUGCGCUUGAAAAAUGUGAUACAGCCCUGUCACAGUACGGUAGCAUAGAGAUCUUGAGAGAGAAGAAGAUCAAGAUCCUGUGCCUGCAGGGUCGAAUAGAGGAUGCAUAUAAUGAAGCCCUUGUCUGGUUACAACAAGAACCUCGGAAUUCCACUGCCAUUAAAGAAUUGAAGAGGUUGAAGGUUGUACUCAAUGCAAUAAAGGAUCAGGACUCUGAUGACGAAGCAGUGGUCACUACUGUCCAGUCAGAGGAGCCUGUCCCUGUGGUCAGUUCAGCCCCGCCCCUUCAGCAAGCACCUGCCCCCAGCUCCGUCCCCAAGCAACCCAACAAUAAGCCUACCAAACCUGAUUUCUCCUGUUCAUUCUGCAAUAUGACCUUCGACUCCAAGACUGACCUUGACACCCAUUGCCGUAGCGACGAGCACAAGAAGAACAUCACGUCAGACGAGGGUCACAGUUGGAAGUACCGGCCCCCUCCAAGAGGAUUGGUGGCGGAGGAUUACACCCUUUGUGAGAGGUAUUCAUCUAACGGUCGCUGUCCAUAUGCAGACAAGUGCAUAGAGGCCCACUCUCAAGAGGAGUUGCAGGAGUGGCGGGAACGGUUCAAGUUCAAGCGACAGCAGCUGCAGAUGGCCAAGGACAAACAUCUCCAUGGUAACACCUACCCGGAACAACUCAUGGAGAAAUUGAUGACGGCUGAGUACCCCAAGUCUGUGAUGGUGGCAAACGUUGACUAUGCGAAGGUGAUUGUGAAUUCUGAUCUCAAAGUGAACAUGAUCUCGAAGAAGUGUACCCAUGCUUGGACCUUCACCAUUACCAGCAAGAUCUGCAUCCUGCGUGUGGUUCUACUUGACGAGGCGGUCUCCAACUACUUCUAUGUGAGCAGCAUCUCUGUGGGGCCCAAGAAGACCCAGAAAUACCAGAACAUUGAGAGCCACUGCCAGGAGUGGAAGAACCCAGAGAUCACCAUCAACCGACCGGGGGAGUACGUCUAUAGGGUCAAAGUUGUAUUCAAGACGGACAUCUAUGGCGCAUUCCGCCAGACCCUUGUGUUUGACUUUGGUUCGGAGCCGGUCCUCAGUCGUGACAUGCACGUGGAGUCUGCCCCCGUCACAGACACGGAGAAAGUGCUGUCUGAGAUACGCCUCUCACAGCAGGGCAGGUGGCAGUCUGAUAAGGUCACCGUGGUGGAGUACAAACAAAAGCCCCCAGAUGACGUGAAGUCCAUGGCGCUGUUGAAGAAGUACGCGCUACCGGAGAUGAGCAAGUUCCACUUCUCUGAUCACCUGAUGCACUCACCAACCAAGGAGAACUACCGCCUCUGGAUGCAUGAGAUGCUCUAUGUGGAGGAGCUGGCACAGAUUGACAAGAUCUCUAAGUUCAACAUCACAACUUCACUCCAGCUGGUCAAUAGAUUUCUGCUCAUGCCUGGCUCACUGUCCGCUGCAAAGUUUGCACAAGAUGGGGAGCUUUUUGCCCGCAUGAAGCUGGAGGACGACCUUUCUGUGGACUCGGUCGCUGGUCGACUGAUCCUGAAGAGCACAAAUCUUGUCUGGUUGGCACCGCAUAAACCUGCACCGAAGAAUAACACUCUGCCAAAAAAGGUUUAUGAGGCGAUGAUCGAGGAUCGUGGUAAGAACUUCAUAUUCCUGCGGUUGUCUCGGGAGUGUGUGGAGGAACUAGAGCUGACAUGUGACCAGGAGUUCUCUGUGGAGGUGCAGUUCCAGUUGAACCGUCUCCACCUGUGUGAGAUGCAUCAUGCUGUAGACGCCCUCUCAAUUCUCGACAUUGUGUUCCCAAACCAGGACCUCCUCAACAAGCUGCCAUCACUGUCUGACUGGACUUGGAAAGAAGAUGUAGGAGGGAAAACAAAUGACAAUCAAAGGGAGGCAAUCAUGAAGUGUGCAGCCUACUCCCACAUGGCAUUACCUCCCCUGCUGAUUGUGGGCCCGUUUGGCACAGGGAAGACCCACACAUUGGCGCAGUGCGCCAAACAUGUGCUGCUUGAACCCCACACCAGGAUCCUCAUUUGUACUCAUUCAAACAGUGCUGCUGACAUCUACAUCAAGGAGUUUCUUCACCCAUCGGUUCAGGCUGGGGACGAGGAUGCUCGACCACUGCGUGUCUACUACCGCCACCGCUGGAUCCAGACUGUGUCCACCAUCGUUCUACAGUACUGCAUACAGGAACAGUCUGGUCCCAUGGCUGGCACAUUCAGGGCUCCUGUGGUUGAAGAUGUUGAGAAGCAUAGAGUUGUCAUUACUACGCUGAGCACUGCACGACUUUUGUCUGACCUUGACCUUCCAGAAGGUUUCUUCACCCACAUAUUCCUUGAUGAAGCUGCUCAGGCUCUGGAAUGUGAAAUGCUGAUCCCUCUCUCUCUGGCGGGACCGAAGACAAGUGUUGUGUUGGCUGGGGACCACAUGCAGAUGAGCCCUGAAGCGUUCUCGGACUUUGCCCGGCAGCAGCAGUUCCACAAGUCCCUUCUAGAGCGCUUGUACGACAUGUACCCUGACAACAGCCCCAGCAAGGUGAUGCUGUGUGAGAACUACCGGGCCAACCGUGCAAUCAUUGAGUUCACCUCCGAGCUCUUUUACGAUAAUAAGUUAAAGGCAUCGAAAGAUCCGAUCGCGCACAGCGUGUACUAUCCGCUGACAUUUUUCACAGCGCGUGGAGAGGAGGUCCAGCAUGAGAACAGCUCGGGGUAUUAUAAUACAUCUGAGAUCUAUGAGGUGAUAGAGCAGGUGGAACAUCUUCAGAAGCACUGGCCACCUGAGUGGGGAGAGUUUGACGAGAACAGCAUCUGUGUGGUGGCCCCAUACUCAGAUCAGGUGUUUCACAUUAGAAGUGAAUUAAGAAAACGCAAGAUGUUCAAGGUGUCAGUGGAGAGAGUUGUCAAUGUUCAAGGCAAGCAGUUUCGUGUGAUUGUGAUGAGCACAGUGAGGACACGCCACACCUGCUCCACGGACGCAGCCGCCACUGACAAGCUGGACCUGGGAUUCCUGUCCAACAUCAAGCUCCUAAACACUGCCAUCACCCGCGCCCAGUCAUUGGUCAUCGCCGUGGGAGACCCAGUCUCGCUGUGUCUCAUUGGUCGAUGCAGCAAAGUCUGGGAAUACUACCUAGAGGUCUGUAAAGAUAACAACAGUUUCUUUGGCAUGACAUGGCCACACCUCCGAUCCCUGCUAAAUAACGCAGAGAUGACCAAGAACUACAUUCUGAACCCUCUUGCGCCGGAGUUCAUUCCGAAGGCGGUAUAUACGGGCCCGGCAGGCCAUGCCGUGUUCAUGCCCCAGCAGGGGCCGCUCCAUGGGGCAUGGAUAGGGCAGCACCCUGGGGCCGCAUACAGGGGACCAAACAGUCAGAUGAUGUAUCCAGGCCACUACAUGCCCAUGCCUAUAUACCCUGGUCCCUACCACCAGCCUUACCCUUACAUGGGCCCCAUGCUGUACAGGCCCCAUCACCAGAUGUACCCCCCAGGGGUCGUUGGUAAAACCGCUGCUCGCGGGGCCAUACCCAAACCGCAAGGGGUUCAGAAGCCCAAAAUCCCCGUACAUCAGCCCAGCUUACCUGUACAGAGAGACGAUGAUGACAGGACAGUGUCUCCAAAACAAGACCACCACAAAGCUGGGAUACCAGUGACCCUGUCUUCUACCCCCCCGAAGAAGUCCGCGGCCACGGUAAAGAUAGGAGGCCUGAAAUAUGCUCCCAGAGUGCCUGUAAUGCAUCCUGGCGUGUCUAUGUAUCCCCCGGUUGUAGGUUACAUGCCAUACAUGAUCCACCCAGAGGACCCACGCUACCUGGCUGCCAUGGGAAUGCAGCCCAUAGCCCCGUACUACUAUUCAUACCCAAGCGUUCCACGACAUGCCUACCCAUACAUGGUGCCCCAGGCCGUUCCCAUACCCAUACCAACUGCCCCAGCCGGCUCUGGUAGCGUGUCACCCGCCAGUCUACCGGACAGUACACGCAGGCGUACAAGCGCCUCCUCGCCCACGGGUAGCAAUCACUCUGACACUUUGUCGGCCUCUCCCAGUUCAUCUGGGUCGUCUCACCUUCACGCCCAGCAUAUUCAGCUCCUUCCAAAUGUGGUGCACAUCCCCAGUCACCUUCUGUACCAGCAGACCACCAGUGCGAGCAGUUCCCGGUCUCAGACGCCUGUCUUGUCCAGCUCUCCCAGUCAGAGCUCCUUGCAGCCUCAGCCUGCGGGAUUGAGUAAAGACAGUCCCCGUAAUUCUCUCGGGGAGAUUGAGUUCCCUCGACGUAGGCAACACAGUGGACCACGACCCGUUUCCCAGAGUCCUAGCUACAGUUCCCAGAGCUCGCAUGAAAGUUCCUCUUCACCCGUAUUGAAUGGUGACCAGACGUCAAAGUCUUCAGACAUAAAACUGGAAGUUGGGCAGACGACAUCUUCAAAGACUGCUCACAGGCACUUGAAGCUAAACACAACUGUGGCUGCUAUGAAUACCGGUUUCAGCCACAUGUUCAGGGACGAGCUCGGGACGCCGACGGAAGUUACGAAACUCGUACGAAUGAUUGACGAGGAAGAACCGGUGGAUACUAUGGAUGAUGAAGAGUUUGAGAGUCAUCAGGGAGACUUCUUAUUCGGCCAGGAGGUUAUGUUGCAGACAAAACCUUCGCCCCCAUUUGGCCGUCUGUAUCUCAGCCUGCCAGCCGUUCACGGUGAUCCCAGACACGCUCAGUCCCUUGACCUGCGGGCUGGGCCGCACAUGUACGAAGACGAGGAAUUCGACCCAUCACAGAUCGAACCCCAGACCCCUAUGACCCCAGCAGGGUUUCAGACGCCCGGAGUGGAUUUUUCUGGCGACCCGCUAGAAAUCUUGAGGAAUUUGACAAUUAAUAACGACAGUUUAAAUAGGAGUGCUCAUGGACAUUUUUAAGAUGUUCAUGCAUGUUUAAUUAUUGUGCGAACAAUGUACUCGUGGUUAUUUGUCAGGUGAUUAUCUGGUGAAUUGCGUGUGGUUACACUACAGACUACUGUUCAAACCCCAGUGGAAUAUAGAUGUUUGCAAUUGUUUUUUAUUGUUCUUCAGAAGGCUAUUUUUUCUUACAUUUUUUAUUGUUUUAAAUAUGUAUUUUAUGUUAGUUGAGUGUUACUAUUUAUGGGUAUUGUGUGCAAAAUGAUGUUUUAUUUAUUGUAAUUAUCUCUGAUUAUGAUUCUUAAUUUAGACCUAUGCUGAUGCUUAUUUUGAAUUAUUGUCAUAAAGAACUUAAAUUUGUUUGGAUUUUGAAUAAGAUAGAACAGUUUAACAAUAGAUUUAAAAUUGUGAUUCUCUUUAUUGGAAUAUUCAUUUUUGAAUAAAUUAAUGUUGUCAUUGAUAUUGUGCAAAGGUUCAGCCAUAUUUUUGGAUUUUGUUAAGACUGUUCAUGUCUGUCUGCCUUUCUGUCAAAUAGUGUGUAUUUUGAUAGAACUCGAGUAGUAGAUUAUGUGCUUGUGUUUAUUAACGGCUGCUGUGCUGGCAAAUGGUAGAACUUGUUGAAAAAUGGCUUUAGAUGCUGUUAUUGUACCAGUUACUUCCAUUUUGUUGUAUCAGUCAGUGUUUCCUAAAUGGGAUUUUUUUGAUGAUAUUGCUCAGGUGUAUUUGGUCGUUGUUAUGCCCCCCUUCGAAGAAGAGGGGGUAUAUUGCUUUGCUCAUGUCGGUCGGUCUGUCAGUCGGUCCGUCCACCAGGUGGUUGUCAGACGAUAACUCAAGAAUGCUUGAGCCUAGGAUCAUGAAACUUCAUAGGUACAUUGAUCAUGACUCGCAGAUGACCCCUAUCGAUUUUGAGGUCACUAGGUCAAAGGUCACGGUGACCAGAAAUAGUAAAAUGGUUUUUGAAUGAUAACUCAAGAAAGCAUACGCCUAGGAUCAUGAAACUUCAUGGGUAGAUUGAUCAUGACUUGCAGAUGACCCCUAUUGAUUUUGAGGUCACUAGGUCAAAGGUCACGGUGACCCGAAAUAGUAAAGUGGUUUACGGAUGAUAACUGAAGAACGCAUAUGCCUAGGAUCAUGAAACUUCAUGGGUAGAUUGAUCAUGACUCGCAGAUGACCCCUAUUGAUUUUGAAGUCACUAGGUCAAAGGUCAAUGUCAAGGUGACCCGAAAUAGUAAAAUGGUUUUCGGAUGAUAACUCAAGAACGCAUACGCCUAGGAUCAUGAAACUUCAUAGGUAGAUAGAUCAUGACUUGCAGAUGACCCCUAUUGAUUUUGAGGUCACAAGGUCAAAGUUCACGGUGACCCGAAAUAGUAAAAUGAUUUUCAGAUGAUAACUCAAGAACGCUUUUGCCUAGGAUCAUGACACUUCAUAGGUACAUUGAUCGUGACUCACAGAUGACCCCUAUUGAUUUUCAGGUCACUAGGUCAAAGGUCAAGGUCACAGUGACAAAAAUCGUAUUCACACAAUGGCUGCCACUACAACGGAAAGCCCAUAUGGGGGGCAUGCAUGUUUUACAAACAGCUCUUGUUUUCAGUUUAUACUGCACUGUUUGUCUGAGAAUGGUUGCUUAGACUGUUUGACUCCAGGGACAGAUACAGCUUCAACUCAUUGACUUCGGUGACACAUGAAGAGGUUCCCUGCAUUCUGUAACUGUAUGCAGUCCAGUAAAUGUUUCAUCUAAAUUUAGAUAGAUGGUGUAUACAUGCACAUUUUUCCAUGUUUACAAGGCUUCAUGAAUAUUGGUAUUGAUGGCUCUAGAUAAGAAAAGGUUUUGUUUGGAUCCAUAGAAUAUAGGAACAAAGAAAUUGCUGUAUUUUCAUUGUAGUUAUCAUGUUAUACAGUGGUGUAUAUGACAGUGAAACCUUGUUUCAUUCACUGCUGAUGCUUUGAUAAUGACCAUCAUAUAUGUACAUCAUGAAACUAUAUUUUCUACUUGUUCAUUCACGUUUAAAGGUACAUAUGUUUGCUCAAUGUAUUUGUAUAUUUGUAUUGUGGAUAUUAAUUAGGAAUAGGUAUUGUAAUAAAUAGAUUUUAGAUCCAUUUACUAUUAAAUAACAACAACAUGAAAAAUUUAACACACCUUUUUAAAUAUUAUAAGUUUUUUGUUCUUUUUAUACCUCAUAUUUUUUAUACAAUCAAAAGAAUAUUUUAACUGUGUAUUAUUAAAAAAGGAUCGAUUCAUCAAAUACUAGUCAUUGCAGUUCAGGUUAAAAAAUAAAUGCUUAAUUCUCGCACAUUGCGCUUAAAAUGCAUGCAUAGGUGCAUUUAAGAUCUUUCAUAUUUGAAUUGUUUCAUUGUUUAAAUUAUAAUCUUGAAAGAUGCACUGUUUUGUGUGUUAAUUUCUAGGGUGUGCAUUGUAUAUCAUUGUCAAUCAUCUGCAUAUGUAUGGAAAUGAGUAGAAUAAGAUGAGGUACAGGGUGUUUAAAAUAGGAGAUUACUGAUUAUCUGGUACUGGUAUCCACUGAUAUUUGAAGAUUGGCAGAUUAUUCAGCUGUUAUUCAAAAUUUCGAAGUUAAUGGUUCAAAGAAAGGUUUCUUUCUUCUGCUUUUCUGCUUUAUUUUCGUAAUAUAGAAAGAAAAUACAUGUGAUAUUGUUAUAUUUAAAUGUUAGAUGAUAAUUUAUUAAAUAUUGUGUAUUUUUAAUUGGUGAGUUUGAACAGUUUCUUCUAUUGAUGACUCAGCCACCACAUGACAUUUGAAGUGGAUGUUAAUGUUGCGGGUUUUUGUUUAUGCUCUGUAAUUAGAUUACACCUGUAAAUAUGUAUACAAUUGGAAGCCAUCUGGCGCACAACAUCUUUAUGUAUGCUUCUUAUGAUAAACCGUUUUUUGCUUCCAGUGUAUUCGAUGUAUAUAUUGUAGCUUUGCACAGCAUUAUAAACUUGUGCACUUUGUAUUAUCUUGUACAUGUGUAAUCUGUACUUAAAUGUAGUUGUAGUCUUGCAUGGUAAGUUAUUUUAUUCUAUUAUUCACAUGUAUUUUUUAGGGUUAAAACGUCUCGUUGUGUACAGGGAUUAACAACUUGUUAUAUUGUAAGAUUGUGACUGUUUUGUGGCUUUCCAAAGAUGAUAGUGAAAUGUUACAUAUGUUAACAACAUUCUCCUAUCUCAAUCUGAUUGUUUAAAUUGUACAGUCAUGUGCUUAAAAUAUUUAUUUUGUAUACAAUUGUUCAUGGCAACCUGUUUCCAUGUAAGUAAUUUUUAGAAAAGUUAGACAGUACACCCAUACUUUGUUAAGUUUUAAAUUGUUUUGAUCAAGAAUAUAAGUCUUAAUGGUCAUAAUUUUCAACUGAUGUUAAUGUUUCAUAAUUAAAUUAAAGUACACCAAUUAAGUAUUCUUGAAAUCUGAGAUAUGAUUGAUGCAAUUUGUGACCGUUGGAUGUAUUACUAUUUUUCACCACAACAUCUUCUGGAUAUAUUCACAUUAAACAACCGCCUUUGUUUUUGUGGCCCCUUCCUUUGAUCAAUGGGUCAUGAAUCAUCUGUGAACACGCUACAUGGGGGUUUCUUUUACGUAACUGAUACCAACUUUGUAGUUUUGAGGUCGAGUGUAAAAAACUUAGCCUUCUUAUAUCAUGCAUAAUUUGAUGCUUAUUUUCUAUGGUGUAAACGUCUUAUAUAAAUAUAUUUGUCUGUGUAACUGCAAUGCUUGGGGUAAGCUAACUGUAAAUGCUUAUCUCAAGUCAUUUAGUGUAGAUUUUUUUAUAAUCAGACUUAAUGUACAUGCGUAUACAUGUGGUAUAAUAGGGGCAGUGAUCAGAAGCUCAACUACACAAUAUUAAGUUGUUUUUUUCCUUUGCAAAUGAAUACUUGAAAUGAAAAUGUUUUCUGUGAAAAUCUACAUUUUCACAUCACUAAAACAUAUUAAUUGGUACUUUAUUAGGCUGAAUAAAAAAAUUGAACUAUUGUUUAAUGAUCAAAAUUGAUAUACAAUUUUAAAACGCAAUUCUAUGAUGUCAGGAAAAAAAUGUCCAUACAGGGUUUGCACAGAUGCUCAAAAGUGCUUAGUUUUGAAGUGAAUCAUUUUUAAGUGCUGAAAACCAAGCAUCAUUCUUUGCUGAGAAAAAGUAAAAAACUUAAGAUUGUUUUUAGAAGCUUGGUGAACACGUGCUCCAUCCAUUUUUUUUAAUUUAUGUAUUCAGUUACUAUGGGUCAUGUUCAACAGGACGGUGAUGUGUUUUAUUGGGAAAUCAAUUUAAGCAUUUGUGUUUUUUGUUAAGAUUAGUAUAUUUCAAAAGAAAAUCGUGUACGCUAUAGACAACUUAAUCAUGUAUUUAUAUAGUAUCUAAACACAGCUCUUUCUAUUGCUAUUAUAUUUUACCUAGCACAAUUGAGAGCACUUAUGAUUGUGAUGCUUUUUAAAAUUUUAAACAUUCCCCUUAUUUAGAAACCACAGUUCUGUUAACAGACUCAUGCAAUCAUGUUUACAAAAUUACAUAAAUGAGGUGUUAUCAUUAUUGAAUGUAUCACUAAAGCAAAACUCAUAAAAUGUUCUAUACUUAUAUCCAAGUUCUCACAUUGUAAUGUAUUUAGAGUUACAAAAUUGUAGGUUUUCAGUGAAUCAACAUUUUGGUUAUUCAGAAUUGUUAAAGUUCUUUUUGUUUUUGUUUAUAAGCCUCUGGCAUUAACUGUUGCCAAGAGGCAUAUAGCAAUAAUUUCAAGAAGCAAAAUAAUGCUUCUUCCUAUGAAAAAUGUUUAAAACAUUGGUAAAUUAGUGGAUAAUCAUAAUUCGAAAUGUGUAAAAUAAAAAAGCUUUUGUAACGCUUUUUUCAAUGACUAGGCAUUUAUGUUUAUUUCUAAGAAAGGGGUUUAUGUCUUGAAGCUUAUAAAAAUAAUAGACCAGUAUAAGUUCACAAAUCAAUAAAUCAAUUUGAUUAUCCAGUGUGGCAAACUAGUUACUAUGUCAUGGCAAUAAUGUGAGCCAGAAUUUUCUAUUUUGCUUUAAAAGCAACAUAUUUCAAAUAGUGAUCAUGUUUCUAAAAGAUGUUCAUAUAUUUUCGCAAACGAAAUUCCAUGGCUCUUGUAAUACCUGUUUGCACAAAAUGCAUAUUUUCUUUAACAAAGAGUGUGUCACCUUGUUAUCUUAGACCACAGUGGUGGUCAGUUACCAAUUACCAAUACUAGUUACCAAUUUUACCUUAGCAACAGAAUUACCAUAGCAACACCGGUGUAUGCUGGCUAGUUGCGCACCAUUACUAUUAGAUCUUGAAUAUUGUUAUGCUAUUGUUUGAAGUGUAUGGGAUGUUUUAUUCUUUUACAAGUUAAUUUUUGAACACUUGGGUGUGGCAGCCAUUACGCGAGCAUGCCAACAAACCGACUCCAACGCAUUUUUUUUUAAAUGAAUAUUUGGAAAUACAAUUUAAAAUUUUAACACACACCAAUUAAACAUUGUUUUGCAUUCAUGUGAAAUGUUGCAAGAAUGAAUAGUUGUAUUCCCCUUAAUUAAUGGACUGUUUUAGAUGACUCUAAAAUCUAUAUUUUUCAUCUUGAAAAUAGUUUGGUGCAUGAAUCCGACAAACUAGUUCCCCCUUCUAAUAGAGGUCAGAUACUGGUAGUUUCAAGACGAACAUGCAAAAAAAAUCAGCAUUACUUUGAAUUCCAUUCAUUUUGGAGCCAUUCAAAUGACAAUUUAUAAAGAAAUGGAUCGAAAAUCGUGUAUUGUCUUUUGCGUUUGGAGUCGCGUGUGUUGAUAUGGGCGUAGUCAAUGUUAAGUCUGCUGCAUCCGAUGUAGACUAUACAUGUUGUAGUGACGUCUGUCUCACUCUAUCUGUCACCAUUGGCAACGCUGAUGUGGAAGGGUGUGGAUGGGUUUAUAUUACUAGUAAAACAUAUAUUAUCGUAA